GAUCAUGUAAAACUUAGAUCACAUGCAAUCCCACUGGAUCUUUAGUUAAGCAACUUAAACCAUAACCUUCAACUUAGACCUUAUUAGUACAAAAAUAACAAAAGAAGAUCACCUAGCUAGGAGAGGCAGAGAGAGAGAUCACACACUCUUUAGCCACCUUUUUCUUUUCAUAUAGACUAGUCCUAUAAAAAAACAAAGAAAAGGAUCAAGUGAGAGAGAUAGAGGUUCCCACCACCAUAUUCCACACUAAGAUCAUCAUGAUUAAGAACAUCAUUAGCCAAACAGCACAAGGCUUGAAUCCCAAACCACCACCUUUCUUUUGUUCACAUCUUCUACUAUACUAUAACUUUUUUUUUUUCCUCCCAACACCCUGCUUUCUGUCUUUUUACCUCCUUCUCUUGCUUGCAAACCCAACACUCCCAUCCUCUUCUCCCAAGUUUCCUCUUAUUCCCUCCUUUCUUCUGUUAAGGAAGGAAGCUCUGAUUCCCCCUACAUCCAUAAAUUAUCAAUUGUGAACCAAGAUAAAAUCCUCCUCUUUCCAAAGCUCACUCAAGUUCAAAUUUAAAGACACAACUUAGAGAGAAACACAAGUUGAAAGAAAGGAAGAAAACAGAGAAACUAGAGUUCUCUGAACCACAAGGAAGCAGUUGUUUGUUGUUGAGAGAUGGGUAGGAGGGCAAGGGGAAUACAGUACCUCCUCAUCUUCCUCUCUGGUCUUCUCUUGUGUUCUGGAACAUUGGAUGAGAGCCACAAUCCAUCUUCUUCACCAGCAUUGAACCAUAAAGAGAAAGAGAUUUCUGAAGGAAGUACAGAGGCAUCUUCUAGCAGAAUGCUAUUGCAAUCAUCAAGCAAAUUGCCUCGGCGUGAUGUGAUCACCCCAAUUCCAACAGUUCCGGUCAUCAAUCCGACGACACCAACAGUGUCUACUCCUCCAUAUAAUCCAUAUACAAGUCCAGCCAAUCCUACAACUCCGAUAAUGACACCAAUAACCAAUCCAUUGACUCCAACACUGCCUACCCCGACCUCAUCAACACCAUCAUCAUCAUCAGGGCAGAGCUGGUGUGUAGCAAGUUCAACUGCAUCACAGACUGCUCUGCAGGUGGCUCUAGACUAUGCCUGUGGAUAUGGAGGAGCAGACUGCUCUGCCAUUCAGCAGGGAGGAAGUUGCUUCAGUCCUGAUACUCUUCAUGAUCACGCAUCGUAUGCUUUCAAUAACUACUAUCAGAAGAACCCAAUCCCGACUAGCUGUGAUUUCGGCGGCACUGCCAUAAUCACAAACACUGACCCAAGUUCAUCAUCAUGUCAAUAUCCAUCAACAAGCACAAGCUCAUCUAUUCUCAACACAACCAAUCCAACAGGAUCCACAGUAUUUGGAUCAGUCCCUCCCAGUUCAAGCAGAGCAACAACUUUAUCGACAGCAGCACCACUGUUCCUCACAGCAAUGUGCCUCAUGAUGCCAUUGAUCUCUUCAAAUGCCUACAAGUAGCCAUAACAAAGAUUUUUGCUACGAGUAAACAUUAGAAAAGCUUGAUGGCUGCCGUCACCACUACUACUAGAACACUAUGGUUCAUAUCAUCAUCAGGGUGUAGAACCAGAGCCAAUCAAGGAAAGAGGUUGCACUACAUACACAAUUCUGCUUGCUAGCCAUUGAUAUUGAUGAGUCCCUACUACUCUCAUCACUCAGCCAGAUAGUGAUUAUAGGUCAACAUUAGUAGAUAAUGUCAGAAUUAUCUAUACUAGAAUAAAAUUUUUCUAUCUUUUUUGCUAUUGUUAUAUCUGCUCGUGUAAUUCAUUCCAGUGAUUAUUUUUUAUCUAUAGUUUAUAACGUGUUACAGGAAGACAACAUAACAAAUGAUGUAGGAACUGCUCGUCACUCACGUUCUCAAAAAUUAUGUAUAAUUCCUACAACUAGGUAAUAAGUAAAAAAACAAAAAAUACUGAGAAACAUAAACAAAUUCAUACUUUUCAAAGGUGU